GUUGGCCAUGGUUUACGUGAAUUAAGUUUUUAAAAUUAUGAUGGAGAAGCAGAUUGUGAAUAGGUGCUUCUGAGGUUCUUUCCAGCAAGUUCUGGAUGAUUGAACUUGCUGCAAAACAUUCCUGAAACGUGACACAAGAAGAACAAUCUUCAAUAGAAAGCAGCCACCCUACUGUCGUCUCUCAGGGUGACCACAUGUAACUCUCUUCCUCAUCAUUUGCAUCAAAUACUGGACAAACCUAAGUGUGCAACAAGAAAUAAGUGUUUACACAGUAACUGCUCUCUCCAAUGGGAGGGUUGAGGUUUAAGCACCUCUAUUGGGGGAGCUUUGUUGAGUCUGGGGGAACAUUCCAGUCAGUGUUAAUAAUCUUCCUUCUGAUUCCAUGCUCCUUGACUGUGGUGGAUUAUAGGGCGGCGCCAAUUUUGCCAAAUGAGACUUUCCUUUGGAUCUGGAAUGUCCCAACUGAAGCUUGUAUUGGAGCAUUUAAUCACUCAAUAGAUUUGAGCCUCUUCCCUUUAAUCGGAAGUCCCCGAAAAACUGCCACAGGGCAGCCUGUUACACUGUUUUAUGUUGAUCGACUUGGCCUCUACCCUCACAUAGAUACAAAAAUGGUAGAACAUCAUGGAGGAAUACCUCAGCUGGGGAAUUUGCAAGAUCAUCUGGCCAAAGCUAGGACUGACAUUGAGCAUUACAUCCCAACAGACAGUUUAGGCUUAGCUGUCAUUGACUGGGAAGAAUGGAGGCCCACCUGGUUGAGAAACUGGAGACCCAAGGAUAUCUACAGGAAUAAGUCUAUUGACUUGGUUCAGACAAAUAAUGCAGGAAUUAGUAUCUCAGAUGCCACCAAGAGAGCCAAAGUGGAAUUUGAAGAGGCAGGAAAAAGGUUCAUGGAAGAGACUUUAAAACUGGGGAAAUCGGUUCGACCAAAAAACUUAUGGGGUUAUUAUCUGUUUCCUGAUUGUUAUAACAAUAAGUUUCAAAACCCAAAUUAUGAUGGGAAAUGCCCUGAUGUGGAAAAGCAAAGAAAUGAUGAUCUUAACUGGAUGUGGAGAGAAAGCACUGGCCUUUAUCCAUCUGUCUAUUUGAAGAGAGACUUGAAGUCGAAUCGACAAGCAACACUCUAUGUCCGCUUCCGAGUCGUGGAAUCUAUCAGAGUGUCCAAAGUUCGGAAUGAAAGGGAUCCUGUCCCGAUUUUUGUCUAUAUCCGUGUUGUUUUUACUGAUAACACUACUGAAUACCUUCUGGAGGAGGACCUUGUGAAUACAAUUGGUGAAAUUGUUGCUCUGGGUCCCGCUGGGAUUAUAGUAUGGGAUGCUAUGAGUUUAGCACAACGUGCGCCAGGUUGCCCAAUCCUACAUAAUUACCUCAAGACAACCCUGAAUCCAUAUAUAAUCAACGUUACCCUAGCAGCCAAAAUGUGCAGCCAAACACUUUGUGAGGGAAAAGGUGCGUGUUCAAGGAAAAAUGAAAGUUCAGAUGUAUAUCUUCACUUGAACCCAAGUCAUUUAAGUAUUGAAUUAACGAACAAUGCAAAGUAUGAAAUCCGUGGCAACCCCACAGUUGGAGACCUGGAGUAUUUUUACAAACAUUUUCAAUGCAGCUGCUUUACCAACAUGAACUGUAAGGAAAACUCUGAAAUAGAAGACAUAGAAGAUGUUAAUGUGUGCACAGGCGACAAUGUUUGUAUAAAGGCCGAAGUAGUUGACCUAGCAUCCUACCUCCUACCUGGCAAAAGCCUUCUCUUUCUGAUAGCACUCAUGCACAUACUGAAUCAUCUGCCAGAAGAUAUUUUUCUUUUUCUGGGGAAGAUGCUCAUUGGUGCUCCUUAGUUCUCUCUACCCACAGCAUUUGUUGUACUUUUUAAAAGUGGGCCUCAGUCAUUUGAAAAUGUAAGAUGGGAUUCUAUUUUGAAAAAGUAAUUCUAUUUUAAUAAUCAAGAUUCUAUUUUUGAGUUUCAAAGGCAAAGUAUCUAUUCUUCUACCAAAGACUGAUUACAAGCAAGGCUCUGCUGCAUUUGAAUUUAUAUUCUUUUUAAACCAUAGGUUUGGUUUAAAGAGAAUGAAGACUGAAUAAAAUAAAAUUACUAUAAAUUAA